AUGGCUAGAAACACCUUGAUCGCCGGAGCUCUGCUCCUGGCUUCUGCCCAUGCGACAACGACAAGCGGAAGUUUCACGGCGCUGAGCUUCAACGUCGCAGGUCUCGCAUCCAUCCUCAACUCAAACGAUGUGAACGGAACGAAGACGGAAAAUGCCGAGGAAAUCGGCACUUACUUUGCAGAGUAUGGCUAUGAUAUCAUCAACAUGCAGGAGGAUUUCAACUACCACGCCUAUAUCUACGACACUGAUAACCACACCUACCGAACAUCAACUUCAGGUGGUGCGGGUAUCGGAAGUGGCCUGAACACCGUUUCUAACUAUGACUGGCUCGACUUCACGCGCACUAAGUGGGAUACAUGCUCUGACGCUUCAGAAGACGAUUGCCUUACUCCCAAGGGAUUUACUUUCAUGCGCUGGAACCCAUCCACUGGAGUCUUUAUCGAUGUGUACAAUCUCCAUGCCGAUGCCGGCACCGAGGACGGUGAUGAGACUGCGCGUAACGCCAACCUACAGCAGGUUGCUGACUACAUCGAUACCUGGUCUAUCGGAAAUGCCGUGCUCGUAAUGGGCGAUACCAACAGCCGUUACACCCGUUCUGCGGACACCGGCAUCCGCGUCUUCAAGUCCCAAAACGACUUGACCGACGCCUGGGUCCAGCUGGAACAGGCCGGCGUCUACCCGACCGCGGGCGCAGAUGCAGUCGUAUGCGAUAACCCAUCGACGACCGAGACCUGUGAGACUGUCGACAAGGUCUUGUACCGUGGCUCCGACAUUGUCACCUUGGAUGCUACCAGCUUCAAGUACGAUGGAAAUGAGUUCCUCAACACUGACUCGGAAUACUUGGGCGACGUUCUUUCUGACCACAACCCCGUCCUGAUUGACUUCUCCUGGAAAUUGUCUUCCUCUCUCCGACAGAGUGAAUUCUCCGGUGGUCCCCAUGGUGACUGGUUCAGCGAUCUUACUAGCAUCCCUUCCUCUCCUGCGGCUUCUGUCCUCACUUUUGCCGGUGGCAGCCGUUUGGACUCUGUUGCUGUCGAGCUCACGGACGGUACUACCUUCAGCCACGGUGGAACUGGUGGCACAUCUGUUUCCCUUACCCUUGGAAGUGAUGAAUAUUGGAUUGAGACCGAGCUUUGCACUGGCAAGUACAAUGACGAGACUCGCAACUUCUAUAUUAAGGCCACUACUAGCUCGGGCAACACGCUCGAGGCGGGAACUUCCACCGAUGACUGCUCGACUUUCACUGCCGAUGAUGGCUUUGCCGUUGUGGGCUUCAUGGGACAAGAUGGAGAUGAGGUGGACCAGUUGGCCUUGAUCUAUGCGCCAUACUAG